AUGGCUAAGAACGUAUUGGCCAAAGACCAGUUUGUCAAGCUGAUUGUCGGAGCGGGGCAGGCUAGUCCUAGUCCCCCUGUUGGUCCUGCCCUCGGUUCUAAAGGUGUCAAGAGCAUGGAUUUCUGCAAAGAGUUCAAUGCCCGUACCGCUCAUAUGAACACCGGUGUCCCUAUCCCAGCGCGAGUCACCGUUCGUCCCGACCGCUCCUUCACCUUCGACUUGCGCACCCCAACUACCACCUAUUUGCUUCUCAACGCCGCCAACGUCGAGCCCCGAAAAAACCGCCUGCGCGGCGCUAUGAAUCCAGGCCAUGAUGUUUGUGGGGAGAUCUCUUUAAAGCAUGUCUAUGAGAUCGCGCGGAUCAAGCAUACCGAGACCCGACUUUCUGGACUGAGUCUGCAAGGAUUAUGCAAAAGUGUCAUCUCGCAGGCUAAGUCCAUUGGUAUCAAGGUGGUCCCGUGA